AUGGCUCUUAGGCGGCAGUUGAGAGUACUGUACGCUCUGGAUGUUGCCAGGACACAGCUCUACCACUUUAAGGCAACCGUAAUCGCAGGCAUGGGUUUCUUCACGGAUGCCUAUGAUUUCUUCGCCGUCUCCCUCGUCAUGGACCUCAUAAGUUACCUGUACUUCGAGGAACAGAUUCGUCGAGGCGUCAAAGCCAUCAUCUACGGCAUCGCUCUGUGCGGCGCCGUGCCGGGGCAACUGGUGUUUGGCUGGCUGGGCGACAAGAUGGGUCGCAAGCGCGUGUACGGCGUCACGCUGGUUCUCAUGGUGGUCACGUCGCUCGCGUCGGGCCUUUCCCUUUCCUUCGGCACCAACGACAACGAGGCGGCGAACGUGGUGGCCGUUCUCUGUUUCUUCCGCUUCUGGCUUGGCUUCAGCAUCGGCGGCGACUAUCCGCUCUCGGCAACCAUCAUGUCCGAGUACGCCAACAAGAGGAGACGCGGCGCCUUCAUUGCGGCUGUUUUCGCCAUGCAAGUGAGUACUCCGGGUUUCGGCAACCUUGCAGCUGGAUUCGUUGUCGUGGUGGUAUCGUUGCAGCUGAAGACCAAUCCAAGAAGGAACGCUAACUUCGUCUGGCGGAUCGUUCUCAUGUUGGGCGCGGUUCCGGCGAUCUUCACCUACUACUGGCGCAUGAAGAUGCCCGAGACGGCGCGGUACACCGCGCUGGUGGCCAAGGAUGCGAGGAAGGCAGCAUCAGAGAUGUCCUCCGUCCUCAACAUGGAAAUCGGCCAAGAGGACGAAGCGGUCAGGGAGCUCGUCCGGCAGGACGAGUACGGUCUCUUUUCGGUGCAGUUCCUGCGCUGCCAUGGAACACACCUGCUCGCCACCAGCGUGUGCUGGCUCGCCGUCGACAUCACCUUCUAUUCGCUUAACCUCUACAUGAAGGACAUCUUCGUCGACGUCGGUCUGAUUGACCCUCCGGAAAAAAGCGACUUGUUCAAGAGGAUGACCGUCAGUACGUUGCUGCACAUGGCCAUCGCGUUCGGUGGUACACUUCCGGGAUACUUCUUCACCGUCGCAUUCGUGGACCGCAUCGGCCGUGUCAGGAUUCAGCUACUCGGAUUCACCAUGAUGGCCGCUUUGACAGCCAGCCUCGCUGCCACUUAUGAUCCAUACUGGAAACAACAGAAAACAAAACGGCGCAAGAUAGGGUUCGCAGUCUUGUAUGGCUUGACCAACUUCUUCACCAAUUUUGGUCCCAACACCACCACUUUCAUAGUUCCGGCGGAGAUUUUCCCAACACGGAUGCGCGCAACGUGCCAUGGCAUAGCCGGCGCAUUUGGGAAGAUAGGCGCUAUCAUCGGCGUGUUUGGCUUCAUGUUCACGAUGGAAGAACACCACGUCGCCCCAAGAGCGCUGUGGGCACUAUUUGCCUCUAACCUAGUCGGCCUUGUGUUUACCUUCCUUCUACCAGAUUCCAAAGGUAAGUCGCUGGAAGAGAUGACCGGUGAGACGGAAGAACAGCAGCUGCAACAAGACGCUGCAGUAGUUGCCGCGGCCGACCAUAUACAUUUGGUGCCUAUUUAGUCGUCGU